AUAACCUUUUAUCAAGUUUUAUUUAAUUCUUUAUAGAUGAAUCAUUCUUUAUCUGCAACUGUGAACAACAAUACUUUCUUUACUGAAAGACAAGUUUUGCUAUAACCACCUACACAAAGAUGAAGACUAUAAUUCUGUUUUUCUGCUUUGUGGAACUAGCUUAUACUACUCCAGUUACUAAACAGCCCAUCACCCAGAGUGAAAACAAAACUAUGCAGGAGACUCAAAAUGGAGGUGACAUCUUCAGCAAAAUAAUCCUGGAAGGCAUGCACUUUAACACUGCUAAUGCAGAGGAAGAACAUUCUCAUCUUUCUUCACCUAAAAAUGCUGCUAUUGCACUUGAAAAGUUAAAAAGUCACCUGGACCUCUUAAGUCAAGAAACACUUUCUGUUCAAAAGACUCAUCAUAGACAGUCAGGUCAUAACCAAAAUGAGCAGAAUAAACUACAUCAAAAUCACCCUGGCUAUAGUGAAUCAAAUCAUGUUCCACCUAGCUUCAGUCAACUCAGCCAUGGUAAACUGAGCCAUGACCAAACAGUCUACAGUCAGCCAGGUCAUGACAAGGAAAAUCAUGACCAAUCAGAUCAUGGUCAACCAGGCCAGAGUCAUCCUGGUCAUAAUCCACCUGAACCUGGUCAGGAAGGCCAUAGUCAGUCAAAUCAUGGUCAAGCAAAUGAGCCUACGUAUCAAAGGCAUCCAAGUUAUGCAAUAGGUCAUAGAAGUUCACAAAGUCAUGAAGACACACAGCAGCCACAAGAUCCACAGCAGCCACAAGAUUCACAGAACCCACAUGAUUCACAAGAAUCACAGCACAGCAGCAGUAACAGCAACAGCAUCCGUAGCAGUAACAGCAGCAGUAACAGUAACAGUAACAGUAACAGUAACAGCAUCCGUAGCAGUAACAGCAGCAGUAACAGUAACAGUAGCAGUAACAGUAACAGUAACAGCAGCAGUAGCAGUAACAGCAGCAGUAGCAGCUGGAGCACCAGUUCCAGUGAAGAACAUAAUGAUUCAAGCCACCAUCAUCCCCAUGACCAUUCGUCUGAUACAAGUAGCAGAUCCAGUUGGUCCAGCAGUGAAAGCCUUGAGUCUCCUGGCCAUUAA